AUCGAACCCUUAAAGGUAUCAUACCUUCGAAACUACAUGGCAAACUUCACGGAAUAUAAGCACCUGUUGCAAAAUGUCAAACAAAGAAAGUUUUGAGAUGGCUGAAGAUAAAUUGGAAGAAUCUAUUGGAACAGCUCAACACUACAUAGGAUGUGCCAUAUGUGAAGACUGCUCCAGCUUCUACUGCAAUGACUGUCAUCAGAGCUUGUGUGAUCAGCACAGAGACGCUCAUCUAAAAGAAGAGGAAAACAAGCAACAUGAAGUUGUUCUCUACAUAGACAGAAGAAUUCGUUUACCGGUAGAAAAAUGUACAAUCCAUCCGACAAGAGAUCUUGAAAUCUACUGCGAAUUCUGCAAGGAUCCUAUUUGUUCCAAAUGCUCUACUUCAAAUCACAGUAACCAUCAGGCCUCCGAUUUAGAGAUUGUCUAUAAUAAUAAAUUUCAGCAAUGUAAAGGUGAUCUGUCAAAAAUCGGUGAAGAAAAACUUGACUCGCACAAAGAACGAACAGAAAAAGAUGAAGAAAGAUUUAACCUGACGAGAUCAGCCAUGGUGCAAAGAGCUGAGGAGAUGAAAGAAAUUGUGGAUAAUGUCCUCUCUGAAAUGAUAAUUGAACUUGGUGCCAUGAAAGAUUUAUAUUCAAAAGAAACAGAAAAAGAGAGAUCAAAAAUAAAAGCCUCAAUUGAACAACAUAAAAAAGAGAUGGAAAGAGAAUCAAUGAAGCCGUCUAGUCUCUUAAAAUUCCAUCAGAAAUUGAUUUCACAAGCACUGGAGAAAGAGCAAAACCCUGUAACUGAUUAUUCAGCAGUACCAAUAUUCAUGAAAGGUAAAGAAGAUAAAAAGGUAAUUUUGCAACAAUUUGGAGAAAUUUGCUGGCCAGUAAAAGAAUUGAAUUCCUAUGGACACAAAGAGGCAAAGAAUCUGAGUCAGACCUAUUCACCUCUAGGCAAGGAGAGAGAAGCAAAAAGCAGAAGGACAAACUCGCUGUGCGAUAUUACAGGUGCUCCGUCAAUUCAGUUUGAUGUUAAAAAGGAAGGAAAAAUUAACAUAUGUACACUAGCAUUUCAUUUAUCUGUUUUGUCCUCUGGUAAUUUCUGGGCCAGUAACAGCUGGGGUGACCUCAUCCUAUUUGACAAGGAGGGAAAUGUGUUAAAGAAAAUUACUACAAAUAUGGUAGAUGCCAUAGGCUAUCACAACAUUACUGUGGAGGGAGAACUUCUCUUCACACUUGCCGAAAGUAAAGGAAUCUUCCAGGUAACUGGUGAAUUGACCACCUCGAGAAUAAUCUCGUGUGAAGAGUGGGAACCCGGAGCCAUUUACUCCUCUCUCUUAAAUGGAGACAUACUAGUAGGGAUGAAUAAAAAUAAAGAAUUCAAGGUGACUAGAUUCAGCAAGGAAGGGACGAAACUCCAGGUGAUCCAAAAAGAUGAAAAAGGGAACAAUCUUUACAAGAGUAUAACCUACAUCACAGAGAAUAUAAACGGUGACAUCUAUACAUCAGACUAUACCGCCCAUAGCGUGGUAGGGGUGAACAGAUCCGGACAGCACCGGUUCUCUUACUCUGGACACAAAUCUCAGUCUGAAUUUCAUCCCAAUGGUAUCUGUACAGACAAGCUGGGACAUAUCUUGGUGUGUAAUAGCUACUGCUCCUGGUUUAGAAAUUUUUCCAGUGUCCACCUGCUGGACAUUGAUGGUCAUUUUUUUCACUUUUACUCUCACCAGAUCAAUGUCCAAGGAAACCCCGUGCUCUCUUUUUGGAUGAUCAUGACACAUUAAUGGUCGGUGGUGAGGAUAGUAAUACUGUCAAUGUGUACAAAUACCUCCAGAUGACAGAAAACAACUAAACAUAUGUAAAUCUAGAAUUGUGAACUCCGUCAAAAUACACACUUACUAAAUUCCAUAGAAAUUUUAAU